CGACAGAACCUACUCCUACUAAUGCUACGAUUGCAGAACCUACCAUGACAGCCACUGCAGCUCUAACUAAAACAACUGCUGCUCCAACGACCACUACAACUCCUGAACCUAUUAUGACAACUGCUGCAGCUCCGAUUACAGCAACUGCUAUUCUUACGACCACCACGACUGUAGCACCAUCUUCAACAACUACAACUUUAGCUCCCUCGUCAACCACAACAACUGCACCUACUACAACACCUGCAGCUCCUACAAUUGUAGCUCCAGUUACCACAACACCUGAUGUACUUACUACAACAAUCACAACUACAGCUCCUGCUACAACAACUGUAGCUUCUACGUCAAGCACAGCAUCUGCCUCUACGAUAACCACUGCAACUCUAACUAAAACAACGGCUGCUCCAACGACCACUACAUCUCCAGAACCUACUCCGACAGAAACUACGACCACUACAACUCUAGAACCUAUUAAGACAACCACUGCAUCUGUGACAGAACCUACUUCUACUACUGCUACGACUGCAGAACCUACCACGACAGCCACUGCAGCUCCAACUACAACAUCUGCUGUUCUUACGACCACAACGCCUGCAGCCACUGCAGCUCUAACUAAAACAACUGCUGCUCCAACGACCACUACAAUUCCUGAACCUAUUAUGACAACUGCUGCAGCUCCGACUACACCAACUGCUAUUCUUACGACCACCACGACUGUAGCACCAUCUUCAACAACUACAACUUUAGCUCCCUCGUCAACCACAACAACUGCACCUACUACAGCACCUGCAGCUCCUACAAUUGUAGCUCCAGUUACCACAUCACCUGCUGUACUUACUACAACAAUCACAACUACAUCUCCUGCUACAACAACUGUAGCUUCUACAUCAACCACAGCAUCUGCCUCUACGAUAACCACUGCAACUCUAACUAAAACAACGUCUGCUCCAACGACCACUACAUCUCCAGAACCUGCUCUGACAGAACCUACUACUACUAAUGCUACGAUUGCAGAACCUACCACGACAGCCAUGUUAGCUUCUACAACAAACUCUGUUGUUCUUACGACCGCAAUGACUGCAGCACCUUCUGAACCUGUUAUAACAACCGGUGCAGCUCCUACUACACCAGCUGCUAUUCUUACGACCAACACGACUGUAGCACCAUCUUCAACAACUACAACUUCAGCUCCUAUAACAACCACGUCAACAGCACCUACUACAUCACCUGCAGUUCCUGCAACUGCUGCUCCUAUAACCCUUUCAACUCCAGAACCUAUUGUAACAGAACCUACUUCUACUACUGCCACGACUGCAGAACCUACGACGACAUCCACUGCAGCUCCUACUACAACAUCUGCUGUUCUUUCGACCUCAACGACUGCAGCACCUUCUACAACAACUACAACAUCAGCUCCUACGACAACCACAACAACAGCACCUACUACAAAACCUGCAGUUUCUACAACUGUAGCUCCUACUACCACUACAACUGCUGUACUUACUACAACAAUCACAACUGUAGCUCCUGCUGCAACAACUGUAGCUUCUAUGUCAACCACAGCAGCUGUCUCUACGAUAACCACUGCAUCUCUAACUAAAACAACUCCUGCCCCAACAACCACUACAUCUCCAGAACCUACUCCGACAGAACCUACGACCACUACAACUCUAGAACCUAUUAAGACAACCACUGCAUCUGUGACAGAACCUACUUCUACUACUGCUACGACUGCAGAACCUACCACGACAGCCACUGCAGCUCCAACUACAACAUCUGCUGUUCUUACGACCACAACGCCUGCAGCACCUUCUACAACUACUAAAACUCCUACUCUUAUGACAACCACAACAACAGCACCUACUACAACACCUGCAGUUCCUACAACUUUAGCCCCCACGACCUCUACACCUGCUCUACUUACUACAACAAUCACAACCACAGCUCUUGCUAAGUCAACUGUAGCUUCUACGUCAACCACAGCAGCUGCCUCUACGACAACCACUUCAGUUCUAACUACAACAAGUGCUGCUACUACGAUUACUACAACUCCAGAGUCUACAACCACAGAACCCACUCAUAUGACUCCUAUAACUGCAGAUAUUUCCAGAACAACAACUGCAGCUGCUACUACAACAACUACAACGUCAUUGCAAACAACAACCACAACAACACCACCUACUACAACACCUGCAGUUCCUACAACUGUAGCUCCUACGACCACAACACCUGCUGUACCUACUAUAAUAAUUAUAACUACAUCUCCCGCUACAACAACUGUAGCUUCUAUGUCAACCACAGCAGCUGCCUCUACGAUAACCACUGCAGCUCUAACUAAAUCAUCUGCUGCUCCAACGAACACUACAACUUCUGAACCUGUUAUAACAACCGGUGCAGCUCCUACUACACCAGCUGCUAUUCUUACGACCAACACGACUGUAGCACCAUCUUCAACAACUACAACUUUAGCUCCUAUAACAACCACGUCAACAGCACCUACUACAUCACCUGCAGUUCCUGCAACUGCUGCUCGUACAACCCCUUCAACUCCAGAACCUAUUAUAGGAGAACCUACUUCUACUACUGCUACGACUGCAGAACCUACCACGACAGCCACUGCAGCUCCUACUACAACAUCUGCUGUUCUUACGACCAAAAUGCCUGCAGCACCUUCUACAACUACUACAACUCCUACUCUUAUGACAACCACAACAACAGCACCUACUACAACACCUGCAGUUCCUAUAACUUUAGCCCCCACGACCUCUACACCUGCUCUACUUACUACAACAAUCACAACUACAGCUCCUGCUAAGUCAACUGUAGCUUCUACGUCAACCACAGCAGCUGCCUCUACGACAACCACUUCAGCUCUAACUACAACAAGUGCUGCUACUACGAUUACUACAACUCCAGAUUCUACAACCACAGAACCCACUCAUAUGACUCCUAUAACUGCAGAUAUUUCCAGAACAACAACUGCAGCUGCUACUACAACAACUACAACUUCAUUGCAAACAACAACCACAACAACAGCACCUACUACAACACCUGCAGUUCCUACAACUGUAGCUCCUACGACCACAACACCUGCAGUACCUACUAUAACAAUUAUAACUGCAGCUCCUGCUACAACAACUGUAGCUUCUCUGUCAACCACAGCAGCUGCCCCUUUGACAACCACUGCAGCUCCUUUGACAACCACUGCAGCUCUUACGAAAACAACUGUAACUCAUACGACAACAGCUGUUGGUCCUUUGACCACCACAACUGUAGAACCUAUUUUAACAUCUACAUCUGAAGAUACAACAACAACCACAAUUACAUCAGCUAGCACAGCACCUGCAGUUCCUGCAGCAAAUGCUGCUUCUAUGACAACUGCAACUGCAAUUGUACUUCCUACCUCGACAACCAGAACUGCAACUUAUAACUCAACUUCUAUGCCUUCAGUGACAUCAACAACUAGAUUCGGCACAGUGGGAGUUUUUGUUCAACUGAUAUUCAAGGUCAAAACAACAGUCCCCACUGAGGAUGAUGUACUUGGUGCCGUCAAGAAGCAAUUGUCUCCUCAAUUCACGACCACUCAAACCACCUUCCAGAAUGCAACUUAUAUCAAACUUACAGAUACUUCAUUUGCCAUCUACCUUGGUUUCAAAAUAACCAAUGUAACCCAGGAGUCUCUAAGUAAUAGACUCACACUCACCAAUGAGACCCAAACCCAGAUACAGGAUUCAAUUAACAGACUACUCCAUAAGGUUCUCAGUGAACCAGACGGCAAACAGUUUCAAUUUCCCAACGCCAAAUUCAUUGCUGAUGGCACUGAGAUCACGGCAAACGUGACGUAUGUUUACAAAGAGGAAGAUGUCAACCACCCUAGUGGUUUUCUACAGGAAGUCUUAAAAGUCUCAGGUCUCCUGACCACCACUGUUGCCCCAACAACAACUACCAGCACCACACCACUUCCUACCCUGUUGACUUCGGUGACAUCAACAACUAGAUUCGGCACAGUGGGAGUUUUUGUUCAACUGAUAUUCAAGGUCAAAACACCAGUCCCCACUGAGGAUGAUGUACUUGGUGCCGUCAAGAAGCAAUUGUCUCCUCAAUUCACGACCACUCAAACCACCUUCCAGAAUGCAACUUAUAUCAAACUUACAGAUACUUCAUUUGCCAUCUACCUUGGUUUCAAAAUAACCAAUGUAACCCAGGAGUCUCUAAGUAAUAGACUCACACUCACCAAUGAGACCCAAACCCAGAUACAGGAUUCAAUUAACAGACUACUCCAUAAGGUUCUCAGUGAACCAGACGGCAAACAGUUUCAAUUUCCCAACGCCAAAUUCAUUGCUGAUGGCACUGAGAUCACGGCAAACGUGACGUAUGUUUACAAAGAGGAAGAUGUCAACCACCCUAGUGGUUUUCUACAGGAAGUCUUAAAAGUCUCAGGUCUCCUGACCACCACUGUUGCCCCAACAACAACUACCAGCACCACACCACUUCCUACCCUGUUGACUUCAGUGACAUCAACAACUAGAUUCGGCACAGUGGGAGUUUUUGUUCAACUGAUAUUCAAGGUCAAAACACCAGUCCCCACUGAGGAUGAUGUACUUGGUGCCGUCAAGAAGCAAUUGUCUCCUCAAUUCACGACCACUCAAACCACCUUCCAGAAUGCAACUUAUAUCAAACUUACAGAUACUUCAUUUGCCAUCUACCUUGGUUUCAAAAUAACCAAUGUAACCCAGGAGUCUCUAAGUAAUAGACUCACACUCACCAAUGAGACCCAAACCCAGAUACAGGAUUCAAUUAACAGACUACUCCAUAAGGUUCUCAGUGAACCAGACGGCAAACAGUUUCAAUUUCCCAACGCCAAAUUCAUUGCUGAUGGCACUGAGAUCACGGCAAACGUGACGUAUGUUUACAAAGAGGAAGAUGUCAACCACCCUAGUGGUUUUCUACAGGAAGUCUUAAAAGUCUCAGGUCUCCUGACCACCACUGUUGCCCCAACAACAACUACCAGCACCACACCACUUCCUACCCUGUUGACUUCAGUGACAUCAACAACUAGAUUCGGCACAGUGGGAGUUUUUGUUCAACUGAUAUUCAAGGUCAAAACACCAGUCCCCACUGAGGAUGAUGUACUUGGUGCCGUCAAGAAGCAAUUGUCUCCUCAAUUCACGACCACUCAAACCACCUUCCAGAAUGCAACUUAUAUCAAACUUACAGAUACUUCAUUUGCCAUCUACCUUGGUUUCAAAAUAACCAAUGUAACCCAGGAGUCUCUAAGUAAUAGACUCACACUCACCAAUGAGACCCAAACCCAGAUACAGGAUUCAAUUAACAGACUACUCCAUAAGGUUCUCAGUGAACCAGACGGCAAACAGUUUCAAUUUCCCAACGCCAAAUUCAUUGCUGAUGGCACUGAGAUCACGGCAAACGUGACGUAUGUUUACAAAGAGGAAGAUGUCAACCACCCUAGUGGUUUUCUACAGGAAGUCUUAAAAGUCUCAGGUCUCCUGACCACCACUGUUGCCCCAACAACAACUACCAGCACCACACCACUUCCUACCCUGUUGACUUCGGUGACAUCAACAACUAGAUUCGGCACAGUGGGAGUUUUUGUUCAACUGAUAUUCAAGGUCAAAACACCAGUCCCCACUGAGGAUGAUGUACUUGGUGCCUCCAAGAAGCAAUUGUCUCCUCAAUUCACGACCACUCAAACCACCUUCCAGAAUGCAACUUAUAUCAAACUUACAGAUACUUCAUUUGCCAUCUACCUUGGUUUCAAAAUAACCAAUGUAACCCAGGAGUCUCUAAGUAAUAGACUCACACUCACCAAUGAGACCCAAACCCAGAUACAGGAUUCAAUUAACAGACUACUCCAUAAGGUUCUCAGUGAACCAGACGGCAAACAGUUUCAAUUUCCCAACGCCAAAUUCAUUGCUGAUGGCACUGAGAUCACGGCAAACGUGACGUAUGUUUACAAAGAGGAAGAUGUCAACCGCCCUAGUGGUUUUCUACAGGAAGUCUUAAAAGUCUCAGGUCUCCUGACCACCACUGUUGCCCCAACAACAACUACCAGCACCACACCACUUCCUACCCUGUUGACUUCGGUGACAUCAACUACUAGAUUCGGCACAGUGGGAGUUUUUGUUCAACUGAUAUUCAAGGUCAAAACACCAGUCCCCACUGAGGAUGAUGUACUUGGUGCCGUCAAGAAGCAAUUGUCUCCUCAAUUCACGACCACUCAAACCACCUUCCAGAAUGCAACUUAUAUCAAACUUACAGAUACUUCAUUUGCCAUCUACCUUGGUUUCAAAAUAACCAAUGUAACCCUGGAGUCUCUAAGUAAUAGACUCACACUCACCAAUGAGACCCAAACCCAGAUACAGGAUUCAAUUAACAGACUACUCCAUAAGGUUCUCAGUGAACCAGACGGCAAACAGUUUCAAUUUCCCAACGCCAAAUUCAUUGCUGAUGGCACUGAGAUCACGGCAAACGUGACGUAUGUUUACAAAGAGGAAGAUGUCAACCACCCUAGUGGUUUUCUACAGGAAGUCUUAAAAGUCUCAGGUCUCCUGACCACCACUGUUGCCCCAACAACAACUACCAGCACCACACCACUUCCUACCCUGUUGACUUCAGUGACAUCAACAACUAGAUUCGGCACAGUGGUGGUUUUUGUUAAACUGAUAUUCAAGCUCAAAACACCAGUCCCCACUGAGGAUGAUGUCCUUGGUGCCAUCAAGAAGCAAUUGUCUCGUCAAUUCAGGACCACUCAAACCACCUACCAGAAUGCAACUUAUAUCAAACUUACAGAUACUUCAUUUGCCAUCAACCUUGGUUUCAAAAUAACCAAUGUAACCCUGGAGUCUCUAAGUCAUAGACUCACAUUCACCAACGAGACCUACAUCAAGAUACAGGAUUCAAUUAACAGUCUACUCCAUAAGGUUCUCAGUGAACCAGAUGGCAAACAGUUUAUAUUUCCCAACGCCAACUUCAUUGCUGAUGGCACUGAGAUCACGGCAAACGUGACGUAUGUAUACAAAGAGGAAGAUGUCAACCACCCUAGUGGUUUUCUACAGGAAGUCUUAAAAGUCUCAGGUCUCCUGACCACCACUGUUGCCCCAACUACAACUACAAGCACCACACCACUUCCUACCCUUUUACUGACCACUCCUUUCCAUGCCACAAGUGUUGGAGGUUUUCCUGGCUGGGCUUUGGCCAUUAUCAUUCCUUGUGGCAUCGCUAUCAUUCUGGUACCCCUGUGGAUCCUGCUAUGUUGUAUGCUAUGUGGCUGCUGUGCAGCUGUAAGGAGACGCUGGCACAGACGCAGAUCUUACAAUGUACAGUACACCACCAGAAACGGACUCUUCUGAGGUGACAACACUAACAUCAGUAGGCAACUGUCAUCACAAGAACAGCCAAUUAUCUAUCUAUAUCUGCUAAUCAGGAGACUUCAUUGGGUGCUUGCAUCUAUUUUUUUAACACAAAACUAAAAUUCAUAAUGGGCUUAAUAAUCCACAGGUGUUUUGCGCAUUGUACCAUUUUUUAUGUUAUACGUCUGGUUGUUAAUCAAAGUUACAGCUGAGCUGAACAGCAUGUAUGUUUAUGUAUUUAUUAGCUAUGUAAUUUAUGUGGUUUCAAGCUGUGCUGUCCACUGACUAAAACGGUUUUCAGUUAUUUAUUGAAUGUAUAAUAAGGUAGAUUAAAAUAUUAAUUUGAGUUUUGUUAUUUCCUCUCUUGAUUAACUAUUAACUAACUUGUUUUCCACUGCAAUACAGUACUUGUUUCUUCAACACACCGUUUGACAAAUGUAAUAAAGACUUUGCAAACCA